GAUAAUCAUCGCAAACCAUGCGUCGCAGACCAGCAACACCACUUUUGUCUCUCUCUACUGCCCCUUUUCACACAAGUAUAGCACAAACGAUGGCGCUACGCUUAUGCUCGAUCCCCAUGCUUGGUGUGCGGAUACCGCACUGGACCUCAGCACCGUUUCUGCGGCGCUACUCCUCCGCGGCACUCAAGGGCAGCGAGCUGGUGGGCAAAAGCAAUCUGACGCCGCGUAUCAUCGAGAAGCUCAAGGUGCUAGAGCAGAAAUUCGAAGAUCUCACUGCACGUGUGGGGGGCGAUACAAGCCAGUUUGGCCGUGGCGAACUCGACAAGCUCUCCAAGGAUCUCAGCGAUGUGGGUCUGAUCGUGCUUCCAUUCAAGAAUCUGCAGCAGCUGUACGCCGAAGUGAUCGAUCUGCAAGACAUGAUCGAGAGCGACUCGGCAGAGCUGCGCAAGAUGGCCCAGGAGGAGCGCCAGGAGGUCAUACAGAGCAUCACGCAGUGCGAGUCCGAGAUCAUUAAGGCUCUGCUGCCAAAGGACAAGGCGGAGAAGGCUGGUGCGAUUCUGGAAAUCCGUGCCGGCACUGGCGGCGACGAAGCAUCGCUGUUCAGCGGCGACCUGCUGCGUAUGUACGAGCGGUAUGCGCAGGCCCGGCGAUGGAAGUUUGGAAUCCUGUCAAAGGUUGAGGAUGGCGACAAGGUGAAGGAGGCAGUGGCCGAAGUGUCGGGUCGCGGUGUGUUUGGUGCCCUGCGGUUUGAGUCGGGCGUGCACCGCGUGCAGCGGGUGCCAGCGACCGAGAGCCAGGGCAGAAUCCACACCAGCACGAUCGAGAUCAACGAGAAGGACCUGCGCUUCGAGGCCUUCCGGGCGUCAGGCAAGGGUGGCCAGCACGUGAACACCACAGACAGUGCUGUGCGAAUCACGCAUAUCCCGACUGGCAUUGCCGUCGAGAACCAGCAGGAGCGGUCGCAGCUGCGCAACAAGGAGAAGGCGAUGCAGAUUCUGCGCGCAAGGCUGUAUGAGCGCGAGCGCCAGAAGCUAGAGAACGAGCGCCGGGCUUCGCGCAACAAGCUUAUUGGAUCUGGCGACCGGUCGGAGAAGUGCAGGACGUACAACUACGCACAGAACCGCGUUACCGAUCACCGCGUCAACUUUAGCCUCUAUGAUCUCGAGGGCGUCAUGAGCGGCCAGUCGCUGCAGCACAUCAUUGACCAGCUCCGGAUCCAGCACGAUUUGGACGAGCUUGCCGACAUGUAAAACCUUUUUAUAAUAAUAGCUGCUAUCUUUUACAGCUGUUGUAAUACGCGUCUGGACGUACUGCGCUGCUGGGCGUAUUUCGCGG